AUGACCCAACUUGACAUAGCAUCCAGCGCAACGCUGAGAAUGGAUAUCUCCGCCAAGAAAUCGAAGAUGCCCCUGCGUAUCAUGACUUACAAUGUUCGUUACGCAACGACAAAGUUUGAGAAGAACGAAAGGCCUUGGGCUGAGCGCCGACCCAAGCUCAUCAACCAAUUGAACUUCAUCACCGCUGGUCAAGAGAGCCCCUUCAUCUGUCUCCAGGAGUGUCUCUUCCAUCAGGUCAAUGAGAUCCAGGAGGAUCUGGGUGCUCCGUGGAAGCAUAUUGGUCGGGGACGCGGUAAGAAACCUGAAGAGGGCGAGUUCUCUCCCAUCUUCUACCGCGACGACAUCUGGAAGGAGGUACGUAGUGAAGUCCGCUGGUUGAGUAAGACACCCGAGAAGCCGUCCCGAGGCUGGGACGCAGCACUCAAUCGUAUCGUCACGAUGGCAGAGUUCGAGCACCGCGCAACAGCCACCCGUGUCAUCGUCUUCAGCACCCACUUCGACCACAUCGGCGUAGAAGCCAGACAGAACAGCGCCAAACUGCUCGUCCAGUUCGCCCGUGAGUGGGGACAGGCCGGCAACAAGAAAGCAUCGGCGGUGCUCAUCGGCGGCGAUUUCAACAGCGAGCCCGAUGACGGGGCGUACAAGACCAUAACGGCGUCUGGCUCAGGCAUCUCUGACGUGUCGGACCUGGUACCCAAGGAGAAGCACUACGGCAACGAGACGACGUACACGAGCUUCGGCGGUUCCUGGCCACCCUCGCGCAUCGACUUUUUGUUUAUCCAGGAGCCGCGUACGGCAGUUGUCAAGACGUUUGGCGUGCUGGCGAAUGGCUUCGAUGAUGGCGUUCGUAUCUCGGAUCACCGACCUGUCGUGUCAGACUUGGACAUUGUGGUUUGA